AACAAGUUUUGUGAGGUCGUCUCCUGUAAAUAAUAUAUCUCAUAGCUGUAGCGAUACACUGUAUUAUUUCACGUAUUUCCUAUGGAGAGUAGAUUUAUCUAAAUGCUGAUAGCAUACUGUAGACGGUGGCAGUCCUCUGCCAGCCUGCUUGCUAUCGCUCAGCUCGCUAGGCCAACUUUAGCGUGAUACAUAGCUGGUUAGCACGCUAGCAUUAGCUAGCCAUUUAGCUAAUCAGAGGUUAUUACGGGAGGUAUCUAGCUUGUUGUUAGAGGCCUGUAUCUAACUGAGAUGGACAUUUGAAAUGACAGUCGCCUGCAGCCGGUAACAGAACUGACGCCUAUCAAAGAACACAGGUCAAGCUUGCCUUGAUGUUGGACCCCCUGCCUAGCAUGCAGCCAUGAGCUCUGCCCUGUGGAGCCAGGAGAAGCCCAGUGGGGGCUUCAGGGAGGACUGGCGCUUCUACAUGGUCAUAAAGGAGUGUACAGUGGAGAAGCCUCCCCAGAAGACCCUGAGGAUCCCCCGUGGUAGUCUCGGUCAGGCCUGCCAGGAGCGCAACAGCCUGGGGCGAACACUGCCCCCAUGCAAGGGCAAAAAAAGUCUCCGUAUCCUUGACCAGACUAACGUGGUGCUGAGCCUUGAUGAGCGGGACGUCCUGGAGCUGGAUGAGAAGCUGGCUGAGCUGCUGUUUCCCAUUACCAACUGUGAGGAGCGGUAUGCCCUGCUUUGCAACAAGUCACGGCUAGAGCGUGUCCGAGAUAUUGACUGUGGUUCGAAGGUGCGUGUCCAGCUGCGUUCAGGAGAUGAACCUUUGCCUGGUGUGGUCCGCUUCAAGGGCUCGCUGCUCCCUGACAGAGCCCUCUCUGGAAUCUGGUUUGGAGUGGAGCUGCUGGAGGAGGGCCGGGGUCAGGGCUUCACAGAGGGCUCCUACCAGGGCCGCCAACUUUUCCGCUGUGAGGAUGAGUGCGGUGUGUUUGUGGCCUUGGACAAGCUUGAACUCUGGGAAGAUGAUGAUGACGAAGCUUUGGGCGAGCUGGAGGUGGACCAUGUCAAUCUGGUGGAAGAGGACCAGGACUUCCCUCCACUGGAGAUCAACUCCAGAGUCCUGGUGCAGACCAGGGACGGGCCAGAGAGAGGCACCAUCAUUUUUUGUGACUUGCUGCCAGGAAAUGAGAGCCUGGGCUACUAUGUGGGAGUUGACAUGGACAAUCCUAUCGGGGACUGGGAUGGUGUGUUUGAUGGGAAGUUGCUGUGUAAUUUUGCCAGUUUGGAGCACACUCGACUCGUCCCCAUCUGUGACGUAAUGCCAGGCGACAUGAGCGACUUUCAAAUUUACCCCCAAACAAAAGAAUAUUCCAUGCAGGACCAAAGGCUGCAAAAGCACAGUUUUGCCCCCAGAGGCACCAACAGUGACAAGUCAUCCUCUGGCCAAAGCAAACCAAAGAGCAAAGGAUUAAGUCAUCAGUGUGGAAGUAGAAGCAAGUCUGAAUUUUACUAUACUUUAAAUGGCAGCUCUGUUGACCCCCCAGCCCAGUCCAAAUCCAAAAGCACAUGGUACAUUGAUGAAGGUUCCUCUUGGAUGCGUGCUCGUACAUGCGUGGGCGCUAUACGCCCAGUGCCUGACACCCAAGAAUGUCCAGAACACAGCAAAGACAAACAAGCAGAGGUUGGGGAGGACCCCGCCAAGUCACUCACUGACACGCCCCCCGACUUCAACCAGUCCUCCCCGCCCUCCAGAGCCCCGCCCUCUGCCUCGUUGUCCAGCGACAACAAAUUCCACUCUCUGCCCUUCAGCCUGAAUCGUAAGACCGGGCCCAUUGACAGCAUGAGCCAUGGUCCUCUCUCCCUUUCUGUCCAGUCAGUGAUGGGAGAGCAGCCCGAGCCCCCAUCACCUGCUGCCCCUCCCUCGCCGCGGCCUUCGACGCCCCCCCGAGGACAACCAGGUCUGGAGGUGGGCUCUCUGGUGGAGGUGAAGGAGAACCCCCCUCUGUGUGGUGUCAUCCGCUGGGUGGGCCUGCCCCCUGGCCUGCUGGAGCCUUUGGCAGGGCUCGAGCUGGAGGAAGAGUGUCCCGGUUGCACUGACGGCACCUUCAAAGGUACGCGGUACUUCACCUGCCCACCCAAAAAAGCCCUGUUUGUAAAGCUCAAGUGCUGUCGGCCCGACUCCCGCUUCCCCUCCCUGCAUCACUCCUCCAACCCCAUAGAGCGCUGCAACUCCAUCGCAUUUGGGGGUUACCUAAGUGAAGUAGUACAUGAGAACACUCCUCCCCGCACAGAGAAUGAUGGCCUGGAUGUCAUGGUGGGAAAAAAGAAAGGCAUCCAGGGCCACUACAACUCCUGCUACCUGGAUUCCACCCUCUUCUGUCUUUUCUCCUUCAGUUCGGUACUGGACACAGUUCUGCUGAGACCUCGCUCAAAAACAGAUGUAGAGUAUUACAGAGAGACCCAAGAGCUGUUACGCACAGAGAUAGUCAACCCCCUGCGCAUACAUGGGUAUGUUUGUGCCACUAAAGUGAUGAAGCUAAGGAGGAUCCUGGAGAAAGUAGAAGCUGCAUCUGGCUUUACAUCUGAAGAAAAGGAUCCUGAAGAGUUCCUCAAUAUCCUUUUUCAUCACAUACUGAGGGUGGACCCGUUGCUCAAGCUAAGGUCAGCAGGGCAGAAGGUCCAGGACUGUUACUUUUACCAAAUCUUCAUGGACAAGAAGGAUAAGGUGGGAGUUCCCACCAUACAGCAGCUCCUGGAGUGGUCCUUCAUCAACAGCGACCUGAAGUUUGCAGAGGCUCCCUCCUGCCUUAUCAUCCAGAUGCCACGCUUUGGCAAGGACUUCAAAAUGUUCAACAAGAUUUUCCCCUCUCUAGAGUUAGACAUCACAGACCUUCUUGAAGACACUCCAAGGGAAUGUCGAAUCUGCGGAGGCCUGGCUCUCUACGAGUGUCGAGACUGUUAUGAGGAUGGGGAUAUCACGGCUGGCAAGAUUAAACAGUUCUGUGAAAAGUGCAAUACACAGGUUCACCUCCACCCGAGGAGGAAAACCCAUCGGCACAACAAACUGUCUGUCCCCAAAGAGCUGCAAGAAGGUACGGUGCGGCAGGGCAGCUUCCCCCGCCAGAGGAUGGAGCUGUUCGCCGUGCUGUGCAUCGAAACUAGUCACUACGUGGCCUUCGUCAAGUACGGCAGCGCGGAUUCCGCCUGGCUCUUCUUCGACAGCAUGGCUGACCGUGACGGAGGGCAGAACGGUUUCAACAUCCCCCAGGUGUCCCCCUGUCCGGAGGUGGAGGCCUACAUGAAAAUGACCCCAGAGGAGCUGCACACCCUGGAUCCCAAGAGCAUCCAGGGCCAGGCCAGACGCCUGCUGUGCGAUGCUUACAUGUGCAUGUACCAGAGCCCGACCAUGAGCCUGUACAAGUAGAAUCCUCUCCCCCAAACCCCCUCCGUCCCUGCCCCUCAGCCACACCACCUCCCCCUCCCCAAGGGCAGGAGAUUCCCAGAAAGACCAAAAAUGAAAAACAAACUAAAAGAAGAAAGGCUGCCUGCCAGCAGGGGUGCUGUCCGGAGUUAACCCUCUCCGCCCCACCGCUCCUCAAUGCCUCCCCAUCUCCAGAGGUUGGAGAGAUGGAAGAGAGGGGGAGAAGCCUAUUUGCACUGUGCAUUAGUUGAAGUGUCGUGUUCUUCAUGUAGUCCUAUGUAGCUUCCCUGUGUCUCACAGCUGAGCGUUGGUGGAGGAUGAUGAAGCAAAGGUAGGCCUUAUGAAGAUUCAUUCCCUCUUCAGGGAGGAAGGGGGAGAAGAAGGCAUGUUCGUGUCGACGCGGCUGACAAAACAUGUGCAACAAAAACAAGAUGAGCUAGUGGGAGGACCUCGGCCACCUCAUUUACCUUAAGAAAAGAGGAGUCCUGCUAUUCUUAAUCACUGUAGAAGAUGGGAGCUUUCCAUAACGCCACAUUAAGGAAGCAAUGCAGUGCGCAAAUCCUCAUCCAACCUGUGUGUACUGUUCUUAAAACUUGUGUAAAAUCUCUUAGUAGCAUUGAUUUCUCCAGGUAGUCACAUCAACAGUAUAGAUGUCACCCUACUGUGCAGUCGCAUUAAUACCAGAGUAUUCUCUUCUCUGUGAACCGGUUUGCAUAUAUCCCCAUCACGCUGUGUAAAUGUCUUUACAGUACAUGUUUUGCAGAAACAGAUGUAGCCAUUGUAAAAGUCUCACGUUUUACUGCAUACUUGCUCAACCAAUGCUGCACUUUUGCUCCAUCCCCAAGUGGACCUAUCAGGAAACAUUUAGGUUUUUGCUCUUUUUUUUCCCCCAUUGGAAGUCACAGUGAGUGCUAAUUUGUUGGUUGGGAGACAUCAGAGUUUUGUGUUACAGAAUACAAAUGUGCUUCUCCUCUGUAGCUGUAAAGAACGCUCUGCAUUGCUAAUGCAGAGUAGAUGCCAGAUAAAUGCAUGAAGGGAGACUUGUACAAUGGCUCCUGUUGUAAAGCUGGUUGGUGGAGCACUCCAUGCAUUCAUAGGGUCAAUGAGGUGAAAUACUGGAAAAGUCUGGUUGUUUUCUUUAAAGUAAGGGAGUAUGAUGUGGAGAAUUUCACAUGCAGUGUUUUACAGUCUCCGAUUGUUGCGUUAAUGACUAAAUCUAAAUUAUAUUUUAUGUUUACAAAGCCUUUUUUCUGCCCGUCAUGGCAAGUUUUGACUCUCGCUGCCUUCCAUGAAGAUGUGACAUCAGCCAUGCAACAGAUAACAAAACAAUUGUGAUCAAAUAUUAUUAUUUAUUAUAUUCUAAUCAUAUUACAAACUGAUAUGUCGUCCCUUUCUAAGAAAAUGAAACAGGGUUAAAGAUACUGGUUUGGGUACUCUUUGUCCUCUUUCACAGUAUAUUGAAGUGAGUUAUUGUAGUUUACGGCGUCUCAUAACAACUACUGAAUGUUAAUAGUGGCACGUUGAACAGUGUAGAGUUAACAAAGGGUGGGUAAUGAAUCAGGCACAAGGCUGGUAACCUUGGGGCACCAUGUAUAUGUAUUUAAUGAAAAACAUUUUAAUUAAAAAAAAAACCCUUGAUUCCAUUGCAUUUUAAAGUAUACCUAAAGCAUACCAAUCAUUCCGUGGAUUAAGAUAUAAAGUAGUUGGUUUUUAUAUAUUACACUCAAUUGGAUAAAAUCAAGAAACUGCCCAUGUUGGCAUCAGCAUUAUAUAUAUAUUUUUCCUAAAUCACAACUCAAUCAUUGAUUCAGUUGUGAGUAUAAAAUAAGUGUGUACGGCCGUUUUUAUAAAAUAGGUUCCAGCUGACAACCUUCAUUUUGCUCUGUGGUUGUUUCCACUGUCCCAGGGAUCCUGACAGGAGGGGACCUUCCUGUGUGAACUUUUUCUGCACUGCUGAAGCUUGUCACUGACUGGAGCCUUGUUCUCUAUGAGAGAAGUCUCACAACAGAGGAUGGGAUUUUUUUUUCUGUUGCAUCUGUACAGUAUAGACAUGUAACGGGUGGAAAAUUAAUGUCAGUGAUGUUCCUGUAAAUGUUAACAAAAUAAAGCCCAUUUUUAAGGGUACACUGCAUGUUCUGAGUGAUGUGAUGGAAGAUUGUGCAUGUUUUGAAUGAGUGACUAGUGUAGAUGAGCACUGAAACAGUACUGAGACAAGGUGGAAAUCCGCCAUGUAGAAUAGGUUACUGCCAGAUAAUUUGCUAUUUCCAUUUGCAAAAUUUUUACAUACAAUAUAUUGCCUUUAUAUGAACAUUAUAUUACUAUUUCACUCCAAGAAGUAACUAAUAAUAAUAAUUGAUAUAAUCAAUCAGCAAUGCAUAUCCCAUUAGAAAUUACUGGGGACUUUCACAAACAUUUCCCUUUUUUUAAAGACCAAACUUGGAGGCAGAAUAUGUCAUUUUCUAAUGUUGGGGUCUCUCAAACAAAACAAAAAGGAAAGACAGAGUUUGAUAAAGUAGUGUGGGAUCACUGGAGUUGUUAUCUCCACCACUAUAGCCAUCAUUGGUGUCAGUUUCUUCCAAUUAGGGUUCCUUCAGCAUUCAUCCUUCAGGAGGUUUUUAUCAGGAGCCAAAUGAUCAGAUAUCUCCUCCAAAACAAACAGACCAGGCAGCUUAUUUAAACUGGUUAAAAACACUGAAUAAAGCACAGAUUUGGGGUUGGGUUUGGACAUUUCAACAACAUUUUGGUGCAAUGUAAGUACAUAUCACAAAACAUAACAUAGGUUUAGUUCUGUUAAGGCAUUGUAAUGUGGAAAUGCUACAUAUUUUGAGAAGUGUCAAUACAUGAUGACGUCACUGUUUUGUGUAGUCAAUGUGACGCUACAAUGUUCAACCCGGGAGUUCAGAUUGAUAAGAGUUCAGACUUUUAAGACCUACUCACAUCUAGUGACCUGCAGUAUAUACUAUAAGACAUAAUUCAAAAAGCACUUCUUUUACAUAUGAAGGCCACCUAGGCUUAUAAAUGCUCUCAAAAGAAUUGGGGUCAGUUUUUGCUGAUCCUCUGACUGUUAUGAUGUUAUAUGCGUUGUAUGAGCCUAAACACAGGGAGUUGUAGCAGUUUUACAGCCACUUCGCUGACAAUGAUUGGGUACUGAUGGACACUUAAGAAAAAACCUGAAGACCUUCCAAAGUAGCGUUUACAACUGGAUAUUAAGUUGUUUUGCUGAUAUUACUGCCCUCCAGCAAGUUGAUGUACAGAAUGCUGCAGCACGUUUCAAUGUAGACUGUUUUUUCUGGAUUCUGUUUUUGUUGCUGCUAAAAUAACGUUCUUUACCUCAAAACUCAGAAACAGUGUGACAUUGUUUCUGUACACUGAAACUUUCUGUGCUGUACAUGUCCUGUGUAUAUGGCCAUAAGUUUAUCUACACAAUAAUUACAUUCUUUGUUGGUAGCUCUGUGUGGUUACCUAUAAAUGCUUGCAUUUUAGUGUCUCUGCUGGCCUUGAAGUGAAAAUCUCACACAUUAUAACACUAUUAGGAAAAUAAAAAUGGUGAGAUAGAUGGCUGGCCUUGCGAGUGCUCUACACUGGGGGUGAGAGUGGCAGAGCUGUAUGUUUUCCAUCAGAUGUCACUUUUUUAUUAUUGUUAUUAUAUAGUCAUUCAUGGGCCUUUCUUUAAGAUGUAGCAGUAAGUCGUUGUUAACCUGCUUUUGGGUGUAUUUUUCAAUGUUUUAGGUGUUUGUUAUCCACUCCUACAAAGAUCUGGUUCUUUAACUGAUAGGAUUAACAUGAUCAAGCCCAAUUUAGUCUUCUGACGCAGUGAUCAUCCGCUGACUUGUAAACGUCCAACAACAAUAUGACCACAGCUUGUUUACAGGAAGAUGAGAAAGAUUACAGUGGUCUGUUGUGACCACUUGGUUGGCUUUAGUUUUCUAUCUGGCCUAUAUGUUCAGAUUAAGUCUCCAUUCAGUGACCCAAUUCCCCAGACAACCUCUGACAAAACGACACCCCGAGAUAAAUCGGCAUGUAUUAUACAUGCAUCUCCCCCACAGGAACCCUAUUCCACACCUUCCCCCGUUUAGUUUUUAGUCAAACUUGAAACCAGCUUAGCAAGCUGACUUCAGAAGUGCCAGAUAAGUAUUUGUCAACAGAACAGCUGGCACACAAUGCCCUCUUGUAGCUUUAUGCCACAGCAUAUGCCAGCCGCUCGUAGCGUGUGGUAAUUUAGCCGGGGCUGGUUCUACAGGAACAGAUGGGCUCAAGUAUUGUUAUUCUCGCUCCAGCUCAGGGCCCCUGGGGGGAAUCACUAAAUAAAAUCAAAGCAGAUGGACCUCUCUGGGCUAGGCUGUGUUUAUGAUAAACAGCCAGUGUCCAUCUAACACCUUAACCCCACCCUUUCAAACAAACUAACAGGAAACAGGAUUACAGUAGUUUAACCUCACCUGCUCUGGGUUUCAGCUCUCCAUUCACCCAAACAGAAGGCAAACAAACCCAAACAAACACAAGACAGGAAGUACACUAUGACUUAACCUAUGCUGUGCAGAUUUAAAAUAAUUUCUACCCAUCACAACAAGUCCUUUUUACCCCAUUGACCUUAAACUGAAAAAUUCUCUCAAAACAGAGAGACUUUCCUGUCUGACUUCCCUGUUCUUUCUCACUGACAGAGGACUGUUUUGUUCUUUUAUAACCUUGUCAAGAUUUCAUUGCUGUGGUUCUCACAUCUGCGCCAUGGACACAAGCCUUGGUGGCAGUAUGGUCAUAGUAAACAGUAAUAUGGUGUGUCCCCCGUUGUUAUACAAUACAUGAGAAUGCAGGACAGUUCUCACUUAGCACUGAACUCCAAAUCUACUUUCAUUCCCAUGGGAAAAGACGUCAGUAAACAAAGGAAUCCUAUCAGUGCAGAAGGAAGGUAAAUGUCUACGGUCAUUAAGACAACAGGAAAGCAGUGAUUUCCGGCACUAAAGAUGAAAAAGAGUGGAGCAUGAAUGGUUUUAAACCAAUCAGUCCUAACUCAAUAUACCACUUAGGUGUUGUUUUAACUCCAUCAUGAUAACCAGCUUUAUUUACUGUCUUCAAAGGUCAGUUUCUGAUCAAGUCAAAGUAGUGUAAUCAACCUAAAUGUUUAGCCAAAAGUAUUAACUCAGCAGUUACUCCGUCACUGUAAGCGAUGUGCAAAAUCUUUUUUUUACUUUUUCUUCAGGCUUCACCAGACAGUUGUUUUUCAUCAUUACCCAGAUCGGUUUUCUUUCCGUUGACACAUGCCCCUCCAAAAUUACACUCAGCCAGACAUUUAUCCUGUCUAUUUAUUUAAUUCAUCAGUUGAGGGACACAAGUGCCUCUGGCUUCUAUGUUGUCAGGACACAAAAUCUGCAUUUCUGUCUCUUUUGAUUGUUGUAGCUUACUUUUUCAAAUGAAUGGGAGCAGGCAUCCACACGUUUUAUCUGUUCUUAUUUUUUCCUAUAUUUUUGAGUGCCACUAGCACUAGGGAUGUAUGAUAUAUAUUGGGUGAAUAAAGUAUCAGACAAUAUUGGCAAAUUUAUAUGAUUAUGUAUUAUUCCAAUAAUGAAAUUAUAGCCAAUAAAUUGUUGGCUGAUAAUACAAAGUGAAAUUUUAUUGACUUAACAAUCGUCUACAGCAUCUACACACUCC